AUGCGAGAAGAAGUGGGUUUCGUGUUGACCCGCAUCGUGGCCGUGGACCCGGACAGAAGGGAAAAUGGCAGCAUUGUCUACAAAAUUCUCCGUGGAAACCGAUACGGAAGUUUUAAAAUUGGUCGAACUUCUGGCGACCUUUCGAUCGUCAAACAACUGAGAAGCGAACAGAAGGGUAAGAACACACUGAUUUUGGAGGCCGCCGAUCAAGGCACGCCGGCUCGAAAAAUCACUUCAACCAUCUUCGUCAUGGUAGAUGAGAGCGAGCCAAUCGGCCUGCACAAUGGUAUGCUGCUGGAUGAAGAAGCACAUAAGGUGAGGAUCGCGGAUGGAUCGGAGCGAGACUACCUUUCCAGUCGGUUCUUCAACAUAGAGGCAGAUCAACUGGUCACAGCCUGCAUCGCCAUUGGCCUCAGUCUAGUCCUGCUAUCGCUUCUUGUCACGGCGGUCUUCUUCUUCCACCACCGGCGAGCACAGCUGAAACGUCGCAUGCGGAGACGGUUAGCACAUCCAGUUCAGUGCAUCCAGAAUGGCAUGCAACUACAACGCGGUCCUCAGGAGACACGACAUGGUGCAGGUUAG